AUGGCGGACACUACUCACGCUCCCGUUAACGGCACUUAUGCUGCUGCUCCCCCCAACGGCUACCCUGAUAUCUACUUGUCUCAAAACGCGAUGAAUAACGCUGCCACCAGCUACCACCCUGGUCCUGUCUCUACGCCAUCAAAUGGGCCAGCUCCCGAAAGCAAGGGUGAUAUUUCAAAGGACGAGGUUGGCUGGUACUUUGUUGAGCAAUACUACACAACCAUGAGCCGAAACCCGGAGAAGCUUCACCUUUUCUACUCACGUCGGUCUCAGUUCGUCUCUGGCGAUGAGGCCGAGAAUGUCCCCGUUGUUGUUGGCCAGAAGGCUAUCAAUGACAAGAUCAAGGAACUCGAUUUCCACGACUGCAAAGUCCGUGUCUUGAAUGUCGAUUCUCAGGCCUCGUUUGACAACAUCCUUGUUGCUGUGAUUGGAGAGAUCUCCAACCGCUCCAAGCCCUCCCGCAAGUUCACUCAGACAUUCGUUCUCGCCCAGCAGCCAAAUGGCUACUAUGUUUUGAACGACAUCUUCCGAUACCUUGCUGAUGACGAUGAAGAAGUCAUUCCCGCUGACGAAGCUACCACCAUCGAGCCUGAAGCAUCCCCAGAGCCCGAGCAAGCCGAGAUUCCUGCAGUUAACGCGGCAGAGGCCGAAAAAGAAGCACCUUUAGCCGAUAGCGAACAGGCCGUCACCGAGAUUGAUGCCAAACUCGAGACUGUUGCUGCCAAUGGUGAAACUGAGGCGGUUGAAGAACCUGACACGCCUGAACAGGUCAAUGGCGAUGAACAGCCUGCGGUUCCUGUUACUCCAGCUGUCCCUGUUGUUCCUACUGAGCCUGAGACUGUCAAGCCCGAGGAGACUAAAACUCUGGAACCUACACCAGCCGUCACUACCCCCAAGGAAGCUGCCCCAGCUCCCAAGGAGACUGCUCCUCCUGCCAAGGCUGUCCCUAAGACCUGGGCUACUAUCGCCUCCACCAACCGUGCUGCUGCUGCUGCCGCCGCCGCCGCCGCUGCUGCCGCGUCCGCUACCCCUGCUGCUGUACCUCAGCCAAAGCCUGCCGCAACCGCAACUUCAUCUCAGCAACCAGCUAAGCCCCAACAGGAACAACCUGCUGCUGCCCCUGCAACCGAAGCUGUUGCUACCAGCAGCCAGGCCGCUUCCAAUGAUGGUGCUGGAUGGCAGACUGCUGGUCACGAUCACAGCAAGAAGCAAUCUCGUGCUGAAGAGAAAUAUCCUGCAUACAUUAAGAACGUCACCGAGAAGGUUGACGCUUCCUUGUUACGCACUGUUCUUUCUCGUUUUGGAAAGCUUACUCACUUUGAUGUCAACCGUUCAAGGAACUGUGCUUUCGUCGAUUUCGCUGACCAGACCGCAUACAACGCUGCUGUUGCAGCCAACCCUCAUCAGAUUGGCACCGAGCAGGUCACUGUUGAGGAGCGUCGCGUCCGCACUGGCAAUGUUGGCGGUGGCUUCGCAGCUGGCCGUGGUGGUAGCGGUGCUAACCGAGGUCGUGCCGAUGGCCGGGCUGGAAGCCAGGGCCGCGGUACCAGCGGCUUUCCACGCGAUCAGGGACGUGGUGGAUUCGCAGGCCGUGGUCGUGGUGGCAGCAACGUCAGCGGCAACAAGCGUAGCCAGGCACAGGCAGCUUAA